CGUUUUUGAGUCACUCAUUUGGCAUAGAAGAUAUCAUCUUGUUCACAGCAAGUCAAGUUGAAGUCAACCACGCUAAUGCAUGUUUUGUAUUCUUCCCAUAAUAUCAUUCGUCCAUAUAUCCUACACCGUUCAGCUUAAUCUUCAAAACAAAUAUUUCAUUUCGAAAUUUAGUUCUCUGCAAUGCAUAUCUCAAAUUCUCUCAACUCCUCCAUCGCAGGAGGAGCGUUUAUUGCUCUCCUCCUCGUGCAGUGCUUAUUAGUACAGUCACAGUACUUCGCGUCUCCAGAGAAUCACUUCAUUAACUGUGGCUCAAACAAUGACACCACGCUCAACAGCCGGAAAUUCAUUGCAGACUCCAGCUCAGAUGGCGCGGUCUCUACAUCAACUGCCACCAUCCCGCCUCUUUAUCAAUCUGCAAAAGUUUUUACAAGCCUGUCAAGGUACAAACUUACAUUAGUCAAUAAUGGCACUUACGUGGUACGCCUUCACUUCUAUCCAUUUUCGUCUCCUGCAAGAAAUCUCCUAGAUUCUAAUUUCAGUGUUUCAGCUUCUGGAUAUACCUUGUUGUCAGAUUUCAGAGUCCAUAAGAGUGAUAAAUUACCUGUAAUCGAAGAGUUCAUAUUCUUUAUAGACUCUGGAACUUUUGAAAUUAUCUUUGCUCCUGAUAAAUCAUCUUUUGCAUUCGUGAAUGCAAUUGAAACAUUUCUUGCUCCGGAAAAUUUUAUACCAAGCUCAGCUCCUCAUGUGACUCCGUCAGGAAGUGACGAAGAUGAUUACAAUGAUCUGUUAACUCAGAUUUUACGUCCAGUUUAUAGAAUUAAUGUUGGAGGUGAGUUACUUAGCCCAGAUAAUGAUACUCUGUGGAGGAAUUGGAUACCGGAUGAUAAUUUUUUGUAUCAUAAAGAAGUUGCAAAGAAUAUUAGGUCUUAUGGUAGUAAGCCAAAUUAUCCACUAGGAGGAGCCACUAAGUAUAGUGCACCUGAUCCUGUCUAUCAGACGGCGAAAGAAAUGAAAAUUGAUCCCCAAAAGACCAGUAAUUUCUUCAAUAUAACAUGGCAGUUUAAUGUGACGAAAAAUGUGAAACAUUUUAUGCGGGUUCAUUUCUGUGAUAUUCUCAGUGACUCUGAAAACUCAGAUAAGUUCAACUUGUAUAUCUUUAGCAAGUUUAGUUCUGAGAUUAGGGACAAAAAUUCCGAGGUCAGAACCCCUUUCUAUAAUGAUUUUGUGGUAGAUUCAGAUACUUUUGGUUGGAUAAAUAUCUCUAUUGGUCCUCGUGAAGAAAAUCAAACAGCCUUUUUGAAUGGGCUCGAGAUUAUGGAAUUGGUGAAUGAUGAGAGCCGAGAUAGUUCAGGAGAAAACAAGAUAAGCAAGAAGUUUUUGAUAAUUAUUAUAGUUUGUUCUGUUGUUGGAGUGGUGGCAUUUGCACUUGUUUUGCUAGUGAUUUUCGUGAUUCGUAAGAGGAGGAAAGCGAAGGCAGUUGAGAAGUCGGAUUGGCCAUUGGUGAAUUUAUAUGGAGGAAAUUCAUACAGUGGGCUUACUGAGAGUGCUGUGAAAAAUGAGUCCAACUUUCAGACGCUGAAUCUUGAGCUGAAGUUGGCCUUCUCAGAAAUUAUGUAUGCAACCAACAAGUUUGAUUCCAAGUCAAUAAUUGGUAAGGGGGGAUUUGGGAAGGUGUAUAAAGGAACUCUUAGGAAUGGCAUCAAAGUGGCUGUAAAAAGAAGUGAGUCAGGACAUGGCCAAGGUCUUCCGGAGUUCCAGACUGAAAUCAUGGUCUUAUCUAGUAUCCGACAUAGGCAUCUUGUUUCUUUAAUUGGAUAUUGUGAUGAAAUGUCUGAGAUGAUACUAGUUUACGAGUUCAUGGAGAAAGGUACACUGCAAGAUCAUUUAUACAAAGGAACCGAUCCCAAAUCACGUGCAAUGCCUGUCUUGUCCUGGAAUCAGAGGCUUGAUAUUUGCAUCGGUGCAGCCAAGGGGCUGAACUACCUUCACACUGAGGGCUCGGGUGGGGGAAUCAUACACCGUGAUGUCAAGUCAACAAACAUAUUGCUUGACAAAGAUUUUGUAGCCAAAGUAUCUGAUUUUGGUCUUUCCAGGUCUGGUCUACCCGAGCAAACACAUAUCAGCACCGGUGUGAAAGGCAGCUUUGGUUAUCUGGAUCCUGAAUACUUUAGAUGCAUGCAGUUAACCCAAAAAUCUGAUGUUUACUCUUUUGGGGUUGUUCUUCUCGAAGUGCUUUCUGCUAGGCCAGCUAUAAAUAAUUUGCUUCCGCGGGAGCAAGUCAAUUUGGCUGACUGGGGUGUAUAUUUGCAGCAGAAGGGGGAACUUGAAAAGAUAGUUGAUCCUUUGCUUGUGGGAAAGAUUAAUCCUAAUUCUUUAAGAAAAUUUGGGGAAAUCGCGGCAAAAUGUCUCAGGGAAGAAGGAGCGGAUAGGCCCAGUAUGGUUGAUGUAAUUUGGGACUUGGAAUAUGCAUUGCAACUUCAAUGUAAGCCCCAUGAGGAAAGCAUCACUACAGACGUUUCCUGGGCGAUGCCAUUGCCUGUUGUUCAGCGAUUACCUUCCACUAGCUUGACAAUCAACGAAGACGAAAUGCACCUAAGAAUUGAUGAUGUUCUUGACAGUAGCUAUGCAGAUGCAUCUGAAGUUUUCUCCCAACUGAAGAUAGAUGAUGCAAGAUAAAUCCAUGGUUCGUAAUAAGGUUGUUUUCGCGAUAUCUUUUUAAUAUAUUUAUGCCUUCCAUAUAAGGUCAUGCAGUUUCUUGGCUGAACUUCAUUGCUUGACGCAGUGUUGCUUACAUAAUUAAUGUUGUUUUAGUUUUAGCAUUUUGAUUGUGAACAAGGUUAUGCAGCUUCUUAGCAA